AUGUUUCCCCACCUCGUAAGGGAUAUCUUGAGGAAUUUGGCGACAAAGAACACAAAGUUCGGGAGAAAGGCCAAUUUACAUGAAUUGUACGCUGAUCUGGAGUCAGUAGACUGGUCGGUCUUGAAUGAUACCCAUGAUGUUGAUCUCGCUGUUGACGCGUUUUAUAAAACACUCUAUAAAACAAUAGACAAACAUGUGCCAAAGAAACGAUCCCCUCUUGGCUCUUACCCUCCUUGGUUUAAUAAAAAUAUUAUUCUUCUUAUAAAAUAUAAAUACAAGUUGUGGAAACACUACAAAAAAUGUGCCAACGCAGCGAUAUAUGAUAAGUUCAGAUCUGUAAGAGCCAAAAUAAAAACCGAGACGCACAAGGUACACACUGAAUAUGUGAACAAGUUGAAUGCUGAAAUUAAAUCGAAUCCCAAAUGUUUCUGGUCUUACUUAAAUUCUUUGCGGAACACAACUUCCAUUCCUCCUUUGAUGAAGUUAGACGAUUGGGAAAGUGAGGACCCACAGGCAAUUGUCAAUAAGUUUGCUACAUAUUUUUCUACUGCUUUUUCUUUGCCCUCAAAUAAUAGCGGUAUUAAUACAUAUAGAUCUCAAAAUAACAGCGGUAUUAAUGCGAAUGCUUUGUAUAUUACUAAUAAUGUAACCGAAAAUGAGGUUCUAAAAGCUAUGCUUAAGUUGAAGGCGAGCAUGACAGCUGGUCCUGAUCUUUUCCCCUCGUUUCUUAUUCGUGAUUGUAGAUUCAUUUUUGCAGGCCCAUUGAAAGUGAUUUUCAAUAACAUUAUAAAAUCUUGUAUGUUUCCGGAGCAGUGGAAAAUCUCUAGAGUUUGCCCAAUUUUUAAACAAGGUGACAAAUCUGUAAUUAGCAAAUAUAGACCAGUAGCCAUAAUUAAUAACUUUGCUAAGGUUUUUGAGAUUAUUUUAUUUGAUAGAGUGUAUUCUCAUGUCUCAAACAGAAUUUCAAUCCAUCAACAUGGUUUCAUGGCGGAUCAGCAUAAGCAGGUUGACGUGGCCUACCUAGAUUUUUCAAAGGCUUUUGAUAGAGUUGAUCAUAAACUAUUGAUAAUGAAGCUAGAGUACUUUGAUGUCAGUUUGUGCAAUACCGAGGAUUUCGUUCUGAUACCUUCGUUCAGCGUUCGGGAGUGCCUCAAGGGUCAGUCUUAG